CAGCAGCAGAGCGAAAGCCUUCGCUGGUCGAGCGUCUUGGUGGCCGUGCGCAGCUCCACUUCAGCCAGCAGCAGCUCGCCCCUCGCAGGACCCAGGACACCUCCUCUUCAAGCACGCCUGGCUACGAGGCUGUGGGCGCGCCAAGCAUGAUCGAUGAAGACUCCAUCUCCGUAGUCAUCACGGCCUCCAAGGAGGUCGAGGGCGGCGAGGCGCUGGACACGGACGAGGGCGGCGCCGUGGGCCACGGCAAGGGCCACAAGUACACCAUGUACACGGUCUUCGUGCGGAACGUGACGACGGGCGGCAAAUGCGUGGUGCGAAGGCGAUACUCGGACUUCUACAAGCUGCGCAAAGAGCUCAUGGAGCUCGUGUCCUGGGGCCACUGCAGCUACUGCGAGCAGUACCUCCAGCAGAUCGCCGAGUACCCGUUUCCGCGCCGAAGGCUGCUGCGUUCGAGCCGAGCGGCGGUGGUGAAGGAGCGCAUGGACAGCUUGGGGCUGUUCCUCAGACACAUGCUGCUGUGCAUCAUGGCGCGCAGCUUCGAGGACUGCUCGCAGGCGUGCGAGAACAUCGAGAACUGCAUUCUGAAGUCGUUUCUGCAGAUGGAACAGACCGAGACGCUGUUCCCGACGAUGGCGUCCAAGCAGCGCCCCAUCGAGAUCUUGCAGGCCAUGGAGGAGAAGCGACAGCAGCAGAUCAAGGCUGCGGGCCUGCGAAGCAAGAGCCUGGCAUACACGACGCUGUCGGACCAGGGCGACAACGCGCAGCCCAAGCAGUCCCGCACUCAGCGCCAGGUCGGCACGGAUACAUGCCAUCUCUGUCUGCAGAAGUGGACGCACUGCUACUGCAACAGCGACCAGGACAGCGUGCUUCCUCCUGUACACGUCGCUGCAGCAAAUGACGGCUUCGAGAGCCCCGCGAACGACCGGCCCAGCGCUUCGAUGGCCGACAGCGAUGCCAGUCGCUGCAGUCGGUGUGAGAACGACUGGAACCACUGCUACUGCUGCCAGCAAGUCUCUCCAACCGCAUCGUCGUGGCGCGAGGUGCAUGUGGGGCUCUUCAGCAGCGACCCGUACGCGCAGCAGCGCGUGGUCUCCCGCGUGGCGUCCUGGCGCAGUCGCGUGCAGCUCCCCGUUGCCAUCAACGCCACUGCUCAGCUGGUGGAGCUCCAGCUCCACGAGUCCAUGGCGCAGCAUCACCACCACGCCGUAGGCGUCAGCUCUCGCUCGCACAUGGAGCUGUCGCUGCUGUACGCGAGCACCGUCGUGCGCUGCGUGAACGGCCUGGUGGACGGCUCGCAGAAGGGCGCGUACGCCUCAGCCGUCAGCACGCUGGCGCAGCGCAUCGGCAUCCCGCUCUGGAUCGUGGACCUGCGCCACGAGUCCACGCACAACCAACUGCCGUCGCUGCCGGUGCUGCGCUUCGCUGCCAAGCAUCUAUUGGCGUGGCUGCGUGCCAACUACUGGGGAGCUCAGGAGGACUCUAUUCGAGGACAAGUGCAUCAUGUGGCGCAGUGGCUGUUCGAACAACUGCCGCAUUUGAACAAACAACCAGGCGAUGGCGAGAUGCAGGUGGACUCUGAAGGCGUAGAGAGAAUUCCGAAGCCCAUUUUGGAUGCGGACAACCUUCGUAAUGUGGUGGUUCCGUUGUUGGCGGUCGGAGAGCAGUACGGGGAGCGUGUGGCGCCCACUGGAUUGCUGAUCCUUGAAGCGCCGUCGCUGCCGGAAAACCAAGAUGCCAAGGACGCAGCGGAGAUCUUUCAGAAGGAGGCGUUCGUGACGUUGCUGUUGCAGCUUCAACCAUCGUGGAGGACCUUUAGUGCGUCGCUGCUAGCGAGAUUGUGCCGAAAGGUGUUCGACGCUAUCUGCCCACCGAAGUCUCGUCGUGAAAGUUUUGAAGGCGAGGAAGUACCAGCGCAGGACGAGUCGGAAAAGGCUUUCCAACAGAAUGACGUGGAGUUGACGCUGCAGUGGAUUAAGUUCAUGGUGAGCAGCGAGUAUCGGGAGAGGGUAAAGCUUCAGAUUGGCCCGAUUGAAGAUCUAUGCCAGUGCGGUGCCGAAAUGCUCGCACUUGCUGAGAAGCUGAAAGCUGACAAUGCAGCCCUUGAGCAGCUUGAACUGCUGGAGCGCUUGCUGACGGUAUUGAAAUCCAGCAAAGGCAUCCGAAACCACCCAACGCUCGGUGUCGAGGCGGGGAUUGCUUCUAGCUUAGCGUCCGAGCCAGCUUCGGGCUGGACGCAGCUCCCUGCGUGGGUCGAAAGUCCACUUGGCCUUCGUCAUUGCUACUCAAGUUAUCACAGCGCCAACCAGUCCCAGGUUUGCGAGUACUCACUUGACGACGACAGUCUCAUGUUGGACAGCACGACGUUUGUUGAGCCCGAUGAAGAUGGAGAGGAUAACAAUGCUGACGAUGCGGAGAAGGCUAUGGACGCGCUCAUGGAGGACUUGGAUGCUGCGUACGAUACAGCACUCCAGCAGACGCUUGAUUUGCAGGCCACCAUUGCCCGUGACGGCCUCCGACAAGGUAGUAGCACGACGGUGCUGCCCAAGCAAGAACUCCAACGCAUUCAGGAGGAGAUUGAGAUCUGGUAG